GGCGGAGCGCCCUCCAGCCCGGCCUAGCCAUGGCGGACGUGACCGCCCGGAGCCUGCAGUACGAGUACAAGGCGAACUCUAACCUUGUCCUCCAAGCCGAUCGCUCGCUGAUCGACCGGACCCGUCGGGAUGAGCCGACGGGAGAAGUCCUGUCCUUGGUGGGCAAACUGGACGGCACCCGCAUGGGGGACAAGGCCCAGAGGACCAAACCCCAGAUGCAGGAGGAGAGACGGGCAAAGAGAAGGAAGCGUGACGAGGACAGGCAUGACAUCAACAAGAUGAAGGGUUACACCUUGCUCUCUGAGGGCAUCGACGAGAUGGUGGGCAUCAUCUACAAACCCAAAACCAAGGAGACCCGCGAGACCUACGAGGUGUUGCUGAGCUUCAUUCAGGCGGCUCUCGGGGACCAGCCGCGUGACAUCCUCUGCGGAGCCGCUGAUGAGGUCCUGGCGGUACUGAAGAACGAGAAGCUGCGUGAUAAAGAGAGGCGGAAGGAGAUCGAUCUGCUGCUGGGACAGACCGAUGAUACCCGCUACCACGUGCUGGUGAACCUAGGAAAGAAGAUCACGGAUUACGGUGGAGACAAGGAAAUCCAGAACAUGGAUGACAAUAUUGAUGAGACGUACGGGGUGAACGUGCAGUUCGAGUCCGAUGAGGAGGAAGGUGAUGAGGACAUUUACGGUGAAGUGCGUGAUGAGGCGUCUGAUGAUGACAUGGAGGGAGAUGAAGCCGUUGUUCGUUGCACCCUCUCGGCCAACCUUGUGGCUUCGGGUGAGCUGAUGAGUUCAAAGAAGAAGGAUCUGCAUCCUCGAGACAUCGACGCCUUUUGGCUUCAGCGGCAGCUGAGCCGUUUCUACGAUGAUGCCAUUGUUUCUCAGAAGAAGGCGGACGAAGUGCUGGAGAUCUUGAAGACUGCAAGUGAUGACCGGGAAUGUGAGAACCAACUUGUUCUGCUCUUGGGCUUUAACACUUUCGACUUCAUUAAAGUCCUGCGGCAGCACCGUAUGAUGAUCCUGUACUGCACUUUGCUGGCCAGUGCACAAAGUGAAGCUGAAAAAGAAAGGAUAAUGGGGAAGAUGGAAGCGGAUCCCGAGCUGUCGAAGUUCCUGUAUCAGCUGCAUGAGACAGAGAAGGAGGAUCUCAUUCGGGAGGAACGCUCUCGCCGGGAGCGUGUUCGUCAGUCCCGGAUGGAUACUGACUUGGAGACCAUGGAUCUGGACCAAGGAGGAGAGCAAUUGGUUUCUGUGGAAAAGUUGCCCAAAUACGCCCAGGCUGGAUUCGAGGGAUUUAAAACGCUGAACCGUAUUCAGAGCAAACUCUACCGCGCAGCACUGGAGUCGGAUGAGAACUUGCUGCUGUGUGCUCCCACGGGCGCUGGGAAGACAAACGUGGCGCUCAUGUGCAUGUUGCGAGAAAUAGGGAAACACAUUAAUAUCGAUGGAACCAUCAACGUGGACGAUUUCAAGAUUAUCUACAUCGCGCCCAUGAGGUCCUUGGUGCAGGAGAUGGUGGGCAGCUUCGGGAAGCGCCUGGCGACUUACGGCAUCAACGUGGCUGAGCUGACGGGGGAUCACCAGCUGUGCAAGGAGGAAAUCAGCGCUACCCAGAUCAUCGUCUGCACCCCGGAGAAGUGGGACAUCAUCACCCGCAAGGGAGGAGAACGCACCUAUACCCAGUUGGUGCGACUGGUCAUCCUGGAUGAGAUACACCUGCUGCAUGAUGACCGAGGACCCGUCCUGGAGUCUUUGGUAGCCAGAGCCAUCCGCAACAUCGAGAUGACUCAGGAGGACGUGAGGCUCGUUGGUUUGAGUGCCACCCUCCCCAACUAUGAGGACGUGGCUACCUUCCUGAGAGUGGACCCGGCCAAAGGCUUGUUCUAUUUUGAUAACAGCUUCCGACCGGUGCCCCUCGAGCAGACCUAUGUGGGUAUUACAGAGAAGAAAGCAAUCAAACGCUUCCAGAUAAUGAAUGAAAUUGUUUAUGAGAAGAUUAUGGAGCAUGCUGGAAAGAACCAGGUGCUGGUGUUCGUUCACUCCAGAAAGGAGACCGGGAAGACUGCCCGGGCCAUCAGGGACAUGUGCCUGGAGAAAGAUACUCUGGGCCUCUUCUUGCGGGAGGGCUCAGCCUCCACCGAGGUCCUGAGGACCGAAGCGGAGCAGUGCAAGAACCUGGAGCUGAAGGACCUCCUUCCUUACGGCUUUGCCAUUCACCACGCUGGGAUGACGCGCGUGGACCGGACGCUGGUGGAGGAUCUGUUUGCUGACAAACACAUUCAGGUGCUGGUCUCCACAGCCACGCUGGCCUGGGGUGUAAACCUCCCUGCUCACACCGUCAUCAUCAAGGGGACGCAGGUGUACAGCCCCGAGAAGGGGCGCUGGACCGAGCUGGGUGCUCUGGACAUCCUCCAGAUGCUGGGGCGUGCCGGGAGGCCUCAGUACGAUACCAAAGGAGAGGGAAUCCUCAUCACAUCCCACGGCGAGCUGCAGUAUUAUCUGUCCCUGCUCAACCAGCAGCUCCCCAUUGAAAGUCAGAUGGUGUCGAAGCUCCCAGACAUGCUGAAUGCAGAGACCGUGCUCGGGAAUGUCCAGAACGCAAAGGAUGCAGUGAAUUGGCUGGGCUACACCUACCUGUACAUCCGAAUGCUGCGCUCCCCUACUCUCUACGGGAUAUCCCACGAUGAUCUGAAGGGGGAUCCGCUGCUGGACCAGCGCCGCCUGGAUCUGGUUCACACUGCAGCCCUCAUGUUAGACAAGAACAACCUGGUGAAGUACGACAAGAAGACGGGGAACUUCCAGGUGACAGAGCUGGGCCGCAUCGCCAGCCACUACUACAUCACCAACGAGACGAUGCAAACUUACAAUCAGCUCCUGAAACCCACCCUGAGUGAAAUCGAGCUGUUUCGGGUCUUCUCGCUGUCAUCGGAGUUCAGGAACAUCACUGUGAGGGAGGAGGAGAAGCUGGAGCUUCAAAAGUUGCUGGAGCGAGUUCCCAUCCCGGUGAAGGAGAGCAUAGAGGAGCCCAGCGCCAAGAUCAACGUGCUCCUCCAGGCUUUCAUCUCCCAGCUGAAGCUGGAAGGAUUUGCUCUCAUGGCAGACAUGGUGUACGUUACGCAGUCUGCUGGGCGGCUGAUGCGUGCCAUCUUCGAGAUCGUCCUGAACCGUGGCUGGGCCCAGCUCACCGACAAGACCCUUAACCUCUGCAAGAUGAUUGACAAACGGAUGUGGCAGUCCAUGUGCCCUUUGCGACAGUUCAAGAAACUGCCUGAAGAAGUGGUGAAGAAAAUCGAGAAGAAGAACUUCCCGUUUGAACGGCUCUACGACUUGAACCAUAACGAAAUAGGGGAACUGAUCCGAAUGCCCAAGAUGGGCAAGACAAUCCACAAAUACGUUCAUCUGUUUCCAAAGCUGGAGCUCUCCGUCCACUUGCAGCCUAUUACCCGUUCCACCCUGAAAGUAGAGCUCACCAUUGCCCCUGACUUCCAGUGGGAUGAAAAGGUACACGGUUCGUCCGAAGCUUUCUGGAUCCUGGUGGAGGAUGUGGAAAGCGAAGUCAUCCUGCACCACGAGUACUUCCUGCUGUAAGCCAAGUACGCCCUCGUCCCUUUCUUCGUGCCGGUGUGCGAGCCGCUGCCCCCGCAGUACUUCAUCCGGGUGGUCUCCGACCGCUGGCUCUCCUGUGAGACCCAGCUGCCGGUUUCCUUCCGCCACCUGAUCCUCCCUGAGAAGUAUCCUCCGCCAACCGAGCUGCUGGAUCUGCAACCGCUGCCCGUGUCAGCUCUGCGAAACAGCGCCUUCGAGAGCCUCUACCAGGACAAGUUCCCUUUCUUCAACCCGAUCCAGACUCAGGUGUUUAACACGGUUUAUAACAGCGACGACAACGUGUUUGUGGGCGCCCCCACGGGAAGCGGAAAGACCAUUUGUGCUGAAUUUGCCAUCCUGAGGAUGUUGCUCCAGAACUCGGAGGGACGUUGUGUGUACAUCACCCCCAUGGAGGCCCUGGCAGAGCAGGUCUUCUUAGAUUGGUACGAAAAGUUCCAGGAGCGGCUCAAUAAGAAAGUGGUCCUGCUGACGGGGGAGACCAGCACCGACCUGAAGCUGCUGGGUAAAGGGAACAUCAUCAUCAGCACCCCUGAGAAAUGGGACAUCCUCUCGCGACGCUGGAAGCAACGCAAGAACGUGCAGAACGUCAACCUCUUCAUCGUGGACGAAGUGCAUCUCAUCGGGGGUGAAAAUGGGCCGGUGCUGGAGGUCAUCUGCUCCCGCAUGCGUUACAUCUCCUCCCAAAUCGAGCGACCCAUCCGCAUCGUGGCCCUCAGCUCAUCCCUGUCCAACGCCAAGGACGUGGCUCACUGGCUGGGCUGCAGCGCCACCUCCACCUUCAACUUCCACCCCAACGUCCGCCCCGUGCCCCUGGAGCUGCACAUUCAGGGCUUCAACAUCAGCCACACGCAGACUCGUCUGCUCUCCAUGGCCAAGCCUGUCUACCAUGCCAUCAUGAAGCACUCGCCCAAAAAGCCGGUCAUCGUCUUUGUCCCAUCCCGCAAGCAGACGCGGCUCACGGCCAUCAACAUCCUCACCACCUGUGCCUCGGAUGUCCAGAGGCAAAGGUUCCUGCACUGCGCAGAGAAGGAUCUGGUACCGUACCUGGACAAACUGAACGACAACACGCUGAAGGAGACGCUCGUGAACGGGGUGGGCUACCUGCACGAGGGGCUGACCGCCAUGGAACGGCGAGUGGUGGAGCAGCUGUUCAGCUCCGGUGCAGUUCAGGUGAUGGUUGCCUCCCGCAGCCUCUGCUGGGGUAUGAACAUCGCCGCUCACCUGGUGAUCAUCAUGGACACGCAGUACUACAAUGGCAAGAUCCACGCGUACGUGGAUUAUCCCAUCUACGACGUGCUGCAGAUGGUGGGCCAUGCUAAUCGCCCGCUGCAGGACGACGAGGGCCGUUGUGUUAUCAUGUGUCAGGGAUCCAAGAAGGAUUUCUUCAAGAAAUUCCUCUACGAGCCCCUGCCGGUGGAAUCGCACUUGGACCACUGCAUGCACGAUCAUUUCAAUGCUGAGAUUGUCACCAAGACCAUCGAAAACAAGCAGGAUGCGGUGGACUACCUCACUUGGACAUUCCUGUAUCGCAGGAUGACGCAGAAUCCAAACUACUACAACCUGCAAGGUGUGUCCCACAGGCAUCUCUCGGAUCAUCUCUCCGAGCUGGUGGAACAGACCCUCAGCGACCUGGAGCAGUCCAAGUGCAUCAGCAUUGAGGACGAGAUGGACGUGGCUCCUCUGAACUUGGGGAUGAUCGCUGCCUACUACUACAUCAACUACACCACCAUCGAGCUCUUCAGCAUGUCCCUCAACGCCAAGACCAAGGUGCGAGGGCUGAUUGAAAUCAUCUCCAACGCUGCCGAGUACGAGAACAUCCCCAUCAGGCACCAUGAGGACAAUUUGCUGCGGCAGCUGGCCCAAAAAGUUCCCCACAAGCUGACCAACCCCAAAUUCAACGAUCCCCACGUCAAGACCAACCUCCUGCUGCAGGCUCACUUGUCGCGCAUGCAGCUGAGCGCCGAGCUGCAGUCGGACACCGAGGAAAUCCUCAGCAAGGCGAUCCGGCUGAUCCAGGCCUGCGUGGACGUGCUUUCCAGCAGCUGCUGGCUCAGCCCCGCGCUGGCCGCCAUGGAGCUGGCGCAGAUGGUGACGCAGGCCAUGUGGUCGAAGGAUUCCUACCUCAAGCAGCUGCCCCACUUCACCUCGGAGCACAUCAAGCGCUGCACAGACAAGGGGGUGGAAAGUGUCUUCGACAUCAUGGAGAUGGAGGAUGAGGACCGGAACGCCCUGCUGCAGCUCUCAGAUGCUCAGAUCGCCGACGUCGCUCGAUUCUGUAACCGUUACCCCAACAUCGAGCUCUCCUACGAGGUGGUGGAGAAGGAGAGCAUCCGCAGUGGGGGCCCCGUGGUGGUGCUGGUGCAGCUGGAGCGUGAAGAAGAGGUCACCGGGCCUGUCAUCGCUCCCCUUUUCCCCCAGAAACGCGAGGAGGGUUGGUGGGUGGUGAUCGGUGACUCCAAAUCCAACAGCCUCAUCUCCAUCAAGCGGUUGACGCUGCAGCAGAAAGCCAAGGUGAAGCUGGAUUUCGUGGCCCCGGCCACAGGGACACACAAUUACACGCUGUAUUUCAUGAGCGACGCCUACAUGGGCUGUGACCAGGAGUACAAAUUCAGUGUGGACGUGAAGGAGGCGGAAAGCGACAGUGACUCCGACUGA